CUCACUGCAGCAACAGCAAAGGUUACCAUUCCUGCAGAACAAGGCUCAAAACAUGCAGCAGGAACCUUUGCAAGGCCAGCAAAACAAUCAGUCAAGUCGUCAUCAUCAGCAGUUGGCCCAACAAAAAGAUUUUUCUGUACUAAAGCCGCAACUGAAGCUGCAUGGGAAACAAUGUGGUAAUUAUACCAUGCACCAAACUCAGGUUGCGGCAGAGGGGCAUACCCAGAAGACAGCUUCAGCUUUGUUGCCACCUCAAGGGCAACAAUCACAACCACAGCUUCCAGUGAGGGAACUGAUAUCUCAAUCACAGCUCGAAAAAGUGCAACCACCACCAACUCCAUCACAGCCAGAUACAAUGGAAAUUUCUGAAGCAUCAGGACCACUAAAUCUCACAUCUGAGAAAUCGUUUGCAAAUAUCGGUGAUUGGCAAGAGGAGGUUUAUCAGAGGGUUGAAAGUUUAAAAAGCAGGUAUUUGAAACAACUUAACGGGUUGCGGCAUACAUUGACUAAUAGGCUCCAGCAGCAGGAUUCUGCUCCUUGUCCAACCAACACAGGCCAAUUAGAGAAAAUUAAUCUUGCGUUGAAUCUAACUAUAGCUUACCUAAAUGUGCCCAAAAGCAAGAUCACGCCUUCUUAUGCGGAGAAGUUGGAUACACUUCAAAAGAAGAUACUUUGGAUUCUUCAGCUGACUGGAAAAAAGUCUGAUUCUUCACCACGGGAAGGAAAACUUUUCCCAGAUAUUUACUCUGUUCAGCAGUUGCCGCAGCCACAAACUCAGACAUCUGAAGCGCAACAACUUGAAAAUCAAAAGAUACCGCCACUGCAAUUUACUAAGUCACAGAGUACUCUAGCAGCAAUGCAGCGGAACAAUUUAAUGUUUUUGCAACACGUUUCCAAGUCUUCUUCACCUGAGCCUGCUACUUUGCACCAAAAUACGAUGCAUUUAGGAGACCAUUUACCAGCUUCAGAAAAAGGAAAUUCAGUGAAUAUAUUGCAGCAGGUUGCCAAGGAAUCUUUAGGAAGUCCUAAGAGCAUUUCCCAAGAAAAUCUUAACACAUUAUUGCCAACAAGCCAUAUGAAUGGGCAGCAGUCAAAUGUGGUUCCUCUUGAGAUGAGCUCUAAUACACUUCAAAAUUUGCAAAUGAGACAAACAAAAGAACAACUGGAUGUAUUGGCUCAAAAGCCUGAGCUAGUAUUUCAAAAGCCCAACAUGCAGCAACAACUGGUACGAGAGAAUCACCAAAUAUUGCCCCAGCAGGCUGCAAAGCCGCAUGCUCAUGCAAAACGACAGAUUCAGUUGAAUGAGGUAAAUGAAUUAAAAGUGAGACUAGGGACGAGUGUUAAUAAGUCACAGCAUCAGGAAAAUGCAGUAAAUGACUCGAGAGUUGAAGGAGGGAUGGGUGUCAAAUCAGGACGUAUUUUGCAAAAUCAAUCUGGUGCCACGUGCUCAGUGUAUAGUUCUCAGCACGCAAAGCCUGGGGCUUCAGUUCCUAUUUCGUCAUCCGAAGUCUCCUGUCAUCCACUAGCUCACCAUUGUCCUCGUAUUGAUGUGCAAAAUCUGCCAACACCUCUUACAGAGGCAGGAACCUGUUUUCAUUCUGCAAAGUCUUGCUCUGCCCUACCUUCUUCCUUGGCUCAACCAUCCAUGUUAGGGAAUUGUGAGAAACCUACUUUUGAUGCUCCAUCACGCUUGGAUACUGGAAAUAUUAGACAUCCCCAUGUACCUGGUUCUCUAGGACCUGGCCAAUCACUUGCCAUCUGCACUCCUGGGAUGUCAGUCUCGCCAUAUCUUGAGGAACUUGAUACUCUGGAUGGCACGAAUUGUAAUAUGCCAACCUUCAAUUAUGAUCAGUCAAGUGUUGCUGAACAGCCUAUUAAGCGCUUAAUUAAUGUGGUGAACUCGAUCUCAUGUAAAGAACUCAGUGCUGCUAUUGGUGACAUUGGAUCAGUGAUUGGUAUUACUGAUUGGAUAUCAAGUUCGCUGCCAGCUAAUGGGUCUAGAGCAGCAAUAGGUGAGGAUUUGGUUGCCAUGACGAAGUCUAGUUUGCAAGCAAGAUAUUUAACAGGGUGGAAUGAUACAUCUGGAACAAGGAAAAGGAAUCGCUGCACAAAUUGGAUUGCGUCAAAUCCUUCUCCAAUGAAUGAUGGAUUCAGACAGUGGAUUGACUUGGAGAAACCCGAGUUGGAGUCAUCUGCGAUGUCUUGUACUAAACGGCCUAGGAUUGAGGUCAAGCAUGUUCUGUUGGAAGAAAUUAGGAAAAUAAACCAGCAGCUGAUAGACACUGUGGUAGUCAUUAGUGACGAACAUACCAUUUCAACUGCUGGUGGUGGUGAAGGUACCAUUGUCAUGUGCUCAUUCACUGCUGUGGCCGCCUGUCCAAACUUCAAAUCACAGCCUGUUUCAUCUCAGGCGUCACCUAUUCAGCCCUUAAAAUUGCUCGUUCCCGCUAGUUAUCCACACACUUCUCCUGUACUCCUAGACAAAAUGCCAGUGGGAGCAAGAGAGAACCACCAGGACCUUUCAGUAAAGGUAAUAUCAAAGCUCAAUUCAUGCCUCAGAACCCUGUCAAAUCCCUUCUCAGUGGGGGAGAUAGCAAGGAUGUGGGAUUUUUGUGUCCGGGAGGUUGUCCUCGAGUAUGCAGUGCAGAAUGGCGGAGGCAACUUUAGCUCAAAAUAUGGAACUUGGGAGACAUGUCUUGGAGCUGCUUGAAUCAUUCUACACUUGCAUAUCAUCUACUUGGAAGAUUCCUAUUGAUAUGCACCGAGGUUGGUUUUGCUACAGAUGAUGGAUUUUUUUUUUUUUUUCCCUGCUAAUUGUAUCAGGUGCGACGCUUGUGCAGGGUCUUCUUUAUAUUGAUUUGUCUGACCAAAUUUUCAAAAGUGUUUUUUUUUUUUUUGGUAGUGUUUGUAGUUUUGAA